CUCAACGCUCAGUUUCUGUGAACAAUUCUUUUUUUAGACAUACGACAUUAUUAGUGUAGCUGCCACGCGCUUGUGUUGACGUGUUAUCUCGGGCAAUCAUUCAUAGUUUACUGAUUAGCAAAAAUCACCAAUAAAAUUAGUCUAGACAAUGUUGCGUUUCAAACGAGAUCUGGAUGCGUCGUAUCCCCACGUGUGGGACCGCUGGGAAGCCUACGGGAAGACCUGGAUAAUCCAAGACUUACCUCCCGAGGACGAUGAGACCGCGCUCCAGAUGAUGGUGGAACAUUGGCUUCCUGAUGAACCUUUGAGCUUUAGUGCUGGCAUACUCGACGAUCCGGUUAGUUUAGAAUGCUUCAAACACAUGUGGAGAGAGUGUUUGUCCCAGCGCAUGAGUCUUGGUUGCUAUACAAUCGUCGAAGGCCAAAAAAAUCUAGUAGGGGCAAACGUGUGCAUGGUAAUGCAAAAGGAGGAUAAUGAUAAUAUACAGUUAGAAGGAAAGAGAGCUCUGAACGUAUACGGCGUUCUUUUACAUUUGGAAUCAAUGGCUGACCAGUAUGAGCACCUCGGAACGGAGAAAGUACUAGAUGCCUUUGGUCUGGUCGUACACAGGGACUACCGAGGAUGCCGGCUUGGAGGCAGAAUUUUAGCUGCUAGGGAGCCUCUAAGCAAGUCUAUAGGUGUGAAAGGAACAGUAUCAAUGUUCACUGGGCCGGCCUCACAGAAGUUAGCAAAGAACUGUGGGUUCACAACAAUCUCCAAAGCAACGUGGUCGGAACUAGCCGACGUUGGUCUUGACUUCCCGAGAGAGGACAAAGUGGUCAAAUACAUGAUCAAGAAGUUUAAAUGAAAAUAUUUCAGCAACCAAGUAUCAAGUACGACCGAGCAUUUAUUCAUAUGAAACCACCGAAACCAUAUUCCCUAAGGAUGGUUUUAGUGUCACGCGGACCGUCCGCUCCGCACGGCCAAUCUGUAUGAACUUCUAGGUUCGGCUACAGAUCGGCUGUGCGGAGCGAUCCGCACUGACAGUCCGCGUGACACUAAAACCAGCUUAAUAUUCCACUUAUGACACUGUAAAAUAAAACAAUGACAUUCAAUUUGAUAUUUUUUUCGUCUUCGGCACAUUUGCGAUUUUGGUUAAAGUACCUAAUAAUGUGCUCACAGUUUAUAUAGAUCGUUUCAUCUACGAAGACGCGUCCCACCAUUCUUCCGCUAAUGUCUGCGUGUUAUCGGUACACGCUAAAUUAUCCAUGAGUGCACACGCACACUACAUUAAUGACGCUUGGAUUGCUCGGAUCAAACUCCCCGCACCCCGCGCUUCCCUCGACCAAAAAUUGGUGGGGCGCGUCUUCGUGGAUGAAACGAUCUAUAGCUACCGAGGCAUACUAAAAUUUAUAUGUCAAAGGUAAUAUUAUAAGUCAGAAAUGUAAACCAUUUAAAAAUAAAAUAUUUAUUAAGU